GUUUUUUUUUUUUUUAAAAAAAAAUUUCUCAUUAUUUAAAAAAAAAAUUUAAAUUAUAAGAAAAAGGAAAAAAUUAUGGAAGCUAUUGUAAAACAGUGUAAGAAAGCUUGUCCUUUCUUACAUAAUUCUACUACUGCCUCUCUUCGUAAACUUUCUCGCAUGCCAGCUCACGCUGGUUUUACUUCUGAAGCUGGUAAUGUGCGAGCUAAUGCUUUGACUAUCAUGGCACAAAAAUGUCCGGUUAUGGGCAAAGCUAUGGCAGUUCAAAGUAAAAAUUAUUUACAUACUUCGGCUAGAUUGGCAAAACAACCUACUCUUCCUUUGAGACAAGCUUCUUUGGUUAAUAAUGAAAAUGAAGCUUGCGUUGCUGCAGCGGCUAUGUUAAACCAAUUUCCUACGAUUCACUCAACACACGCUAAACCAUUUGACUAUGAGGCCCUUUAUAAUUCUGAAUUAGAAAAAAAGCAUCAAGAUAAAAGCUAUAGAUACUUUAAUAAUAUUAAUCGUCUCGCUAAACAAUUUCCAAGAGCUCAUACUGCUAAUCUACAAGAAGAAGUUACUGUCUGGUGUAGUAAUGAUUAUCUUGGAAUGGGAAGAAAUCCUUUGGUUAUUGAUAAUAUGCAAAAAACUUUGAACAAGUAUGGGGCAGGUGCUGGUGGUACCCGUAAUAUUGCUGGUAACUGUAAUUUACAUUUACAGCUUGAAGCUGAAUUGGCAGAUCUUCAUCAUAAACCUGCAGCACUCGUUUUCUCCUCGUGUUAUGUUGCUAAUGAUGCAACAUUAAGCACAUUAGCAUCAAAAUUACCAGGAUGUGUGAUUUUUUCGGAUUCGUCAAAUCACGCUUCGAUGAUUCAAGGAAUCAAACAUUCGGGAGCUAAAAAAAUGAUCUUUAAACAUAAUGAUUUACAAGAUCUUGAAACAAAAUUGCAAUUAGUUGAUAUUCAUACACCAAAAAUCAUUGCAUUUGAGAGUGUUUAUUCUAUGUCAGGAUCAGUUGGUCAUAUUGAAAAAAUUUGUGAUCUCGCCAAGAAAUAUGGUGCAAUUACAUUUUUAGAUGAAGUUCACGCUGUUGGUAUGUACGGACCUCGCGGCGGUGGUGUAGCUGAACAUUUAGAUUUUGAUUUAAAUGCUCGUUACCCCCAUGCAAAUAAUGGAAGUAUCGUUGAUAAAGUUGAUAUUAUCUCCGGUACUCUUGGCAAAGCUUUCGGAGUUGUGGGAGGCUACGUAGCUGCUUCAUCUGCUUUAAUUGAUAUGAUUAGAUCUUACGCUCCUGGGUUUAUCUUUACUACCUCUCUUCCACCUGCCAUUGUAGCUGGAGCUAAAGCCUCUAUUCAAUAUUUGAAAGAAUCUUCAAAAGAACGUGAAAUGCAACAAAUUAAUACUCGUUUACUUAAAAAUCGUCUAGCUCAAUUAGAUAUCCCUGUAGUACCAAAUCCUUCUCACAUUGUACCUGUACUUGUUGGUGAAGCGGAAACUUGCAAAAUUGCUUCUGAUCAAUUAUUACGUGAACAUGGUAUUUAUGUCCAAUCAAUUAAUUACCCUACUGUAGCUAAAGGAGAAGAAAGAUUGAGAAUUACUCCUACUCCUGGUCAUAAUGAAAAAAUGGCUGAUUAUCUGGUUAAUGCUCUAGAAACAAUAUGGAGAAAAAAUGGUUUUAAGAGAGUUAAUGAUUGGAAAAAUUUAGGCGGAAGAGCUGGAGUUGGUACUAACGCUCCAAAUCCUAAACCUAUUUGGACUGAUAGCCAAUUGAGACUUUUAUCUGGUUACGGAGCCACCGAAAUCAGACCUCCCAAUGUCCAUUCAACUGCAGAAAAUAAUCCUCGGGCUAUUGGAAUUGCUACAUACUAAAGCUGUGUAGCAAAAACUGCAAAAGUUGUAUUUAAAGUAUAUUUAUUCUCAAAAAUUAGUUAUCUAAAUUUAUUAUUAAUAUGUUAUGUUGAUAUUAACAUGUUAUAUUUAAUGUAUUGUUAUUAUUUAAAUAAAUCAAAUAAACUUUUGGGAAUUAUCAUAAAUUUUGUUUCUAAUUGUC